CGCUAUAUAGCAAAAAUUUGAGGACAAAGUGUACGACAGACAGUGCACGUAUUUCUUUUAAAUCAAGGUCCUUUGCUGUCCAACUAGUCUUUUUUCUCCUACACCCAGUUUCAGUUAAGUUGGGAUAGUGGCGUUUCCUUGACCCACUCUUGUGCUUCUUUUCUUAUAGUUAUAUUUGGGUUUAGCUUUUAGCUAUAGCAGUUCAACACUCAACUAGAAAAUACAGAUUAUAUUUGGGUUUAGCUUUUAGCUAUAGCAGUUCAACACUCAACUAGAAAAUACAGAAAUUUUGUAAGACUCAAGUGAUCAUCUUCAUCUUCAUUUUCACACACACAUUGGAUUGGAGGAAAUGGAAAAUCUUUCAGGUGGAGGGUUAGGCCACCUCUUCAUGGCAAUCUUUCUGCACAACUUCGCCACUUUUAUGGUCAUCCCGGCCAUUACCGACGUUACUAUGUCUGCGCUUUGUCCUGGAAGAGAUGAGUGCUCCAUCGCUAUCUACCUCACUGGAUUUCAACAAGCGAUCGUAGGGCUGGGAACACUCGUGACGAUGCCUUUGGUAGGGAAUCUCUCAGACAAGUGUGGGAGAAAGGCUUUGCUUACAGUGCCAAUGAUCCUAACAAUUAUCCCCUUAGGGAUAUUGGGUUACAGCCGGAACAGGACUUUUUUCUACAUCUAUUUCGUGGCCAAGACCCUCACUGCCAUGAUUUGUGAAGGCAGCGUUCAUUGCCUCGCCCUUGCCUAUGUGGCAGAUAAUGUGGCAGAAGAGCGACGAGCCUCCACGUUCGGAGUGCUCUCAGGAAUUGGUUCCUCUGCAUUCGUCUGCGGAACCCUCUUUACUCGUUUCCUCUCCACUUCAUCCACUUUUCAGGUUGCGACGUCGGUGGCGGUGGUAUCAGCCAUGUACUUGAGGAUUUUCCUGCCGGAUUCCAACAUAGACAACAAACUUUCUGCUCCAUUACUCUCAGAUGAAAAACCAAAAAUUGCAGACCCAGAUGAAAGUUCAAGGGCUCAAAUAUUGCAGCCAGCCAAAACAUUGCCUUCAUUACAUGAUUUAAUCUCCUUGUUGAAAACUAGCGCAACAUUUUCGCAAGCUGCAAUUGUUGCGUUUUUCAGCAACCUAGCGGAUGUUGGCCUUCACGCUUCAAUGAUGUACUACUUAAAGGCUCGGUUUCACUUCAACAAGGAUCAGUUUGCUGACCUGAUGGUCAUUUCUGGGGUUGCAGGCACUAUUUCUCAGCUGCUUCUCAUGCCCUUGCUGGCUCCUGCUUUAGGAGAGGAGAAGCUACUUUCGAUAGGACUCUUUUUUAGCUGUGCACAUAUGUUUCUUUAUGGCGUUGCGUGGUCCUUCUGGGUCCCAUAUGCUGCUGCCAUGUUCUCCAUCUUUUAUGUGUUUGCAACACCAUGUAUGCGAAGCAUUGUGUCUAAACAAGUUGGUCCGUCUGAGCAGGGGAAGGCUCAAGGGUGCAUUUCAGGCAUAUGUUCUUUUGCAAAUGUUAUAUCUCCCAUUGCUUUCUCUCCUCUAACAGCUUUGUUCCUGUCCGAAAAGGCGCCUUUUAAUUUCCCAGGUUUCAGUCUCAUUUGCGUAGGAUUUGCUGCGAUGAUAGCCUUUAUUCAAAGCGUGAUGAUAAGGGCUGUUCCUCCCGUCUCAAGUCAACGGGUCAGCAGCCAUUGCACUCACAUGGAACCCUGAAUUCCACAAUGUGAAAGCUCGAAGAAAAAUUGUCCCUUGCGUGGCCCCAGGCUGACCCUGGCACGCCAACAACUGCUGUAAAGUUCAACGGUCAUCUUUUGGUUCAUGUUUUGGAAGGUGACAUUGUUGAGCUUGGUUUUGUUUCAAUCAAAGUCACCUUUCAUCGCUAAACAAAACAUGAUACUAAAACCCCAAUCAUGAAACUUUUUGUCAUUUGUAGUAGAAUGCUAGAGCAAAGUGAACCAAGUCAGUAUAUUUUUGCUCCUCUUUUUGGUCUGUAUUUAAUUGAAUUGAAUCGAUGGAAAAAAGCUUGAUCAAGUGAAGCUUCUUUGCCACAGAUUUGGAAGUUCCAGGCUUUCUUUUUUUCUUUUUUUUUUGGGUAUAUCGUCUCAAAUAUAUGCCAUGGAAUUAGAGGUUCCAACACCCAUUUUUUAUUUUUUUGGUUUUGUUGGGCUUUUAAAUUGGGAGCCACACAAAACAAAAAAUCGUUUAGAGGUCAAAAAAGCGAGUGUGAACGAGAGUUGCGGGAAUGGGCUUGUCGCUUGAGGAGAACAUGAUGAGAAGGUAUGGGCCCACAUGUAUGUCUGUUUUUUUCCUUCUUUUCCUUCCUAUUAAUUGGGUGGGAGCUCAAAUCUAAUCAUGUGUGUUUUCUUUUUCUCCUCUUUAAGCAACUGGAGAAUUCUGGUACCUUGAAAUAUCAAAUGUGGUAUUGUUUGAUUUUAGUUCCAGCGAAGUGAAUGGAAAUUCACGGUGAGUCUGAACUGAAGGAUUUGAGCGUAAGAAUAACUGGAUUUAAGCCAAACACAAAGCAAAGACUGGGAUGAUGAUGCGCAAAUUCGUUUCUCCUCGUUCGUAAUGUUUAAUUGACCUUUUCUGUUUGGUUGGAUGCCUCUUUUAGCCGACUGGAGACUUUGUGGGAAACAUGUAGUUUGUGGGACCAAGGAACUCUAAUAACAUCUCUCCUCUCAAAACUCAAACUA